GGCUUUGGUAGGCCUUGCUCUAUCUGUUGUGCCUCCGUUGCGGAAACUUGUUGGAGAGCGCUGCUGUCGUCAAGCCCAGACGGCAGGACCUUUCAUUCUUCCUUUCAUUUUGUGCUUCAGUAUACGCUGAAUAUUCACGAUUAUGGUGGUGUCUUCUUGGGAUGGAUCAAUAUGCACCUGAGUCUCCACGCGAUGCUCAUGAAGUUCAUUUCUGCUGCGUUGAACCGGAAUGCUAACGUGUUCUAGUUCGACAAUGGUGGACUCACUCCUCGAUGACGACGACUCGACUGCGUCCUACAUAAGCUCCAGCUCACAAGAGGAACAGAAGGAACAAGAGGAAGAACAGGCCCGCAGCAUACACCUGGCUAGGCUCAACACUCUGGUAUCUUGGACCGACACCGACGGCCAGAAGCAAAGCCUCGGUGGGCUGACGUUGGAUGUGCACGUAGACUUCUCACCCCAAGAUAAGACGAAUACAGCCUUCUUCCGACUGCGCGGUUCCGUCUUUUUGAGGCACCGGAGGUGCGCGACCAACAAGCAGUCCGUGUAUCUAUUCAUAUACCCGGAGGAACUUGAUACCGUCACACUGGAGCGCAACAACAAUCAUGGUGCAGCACACGUAGCGCAGACAACGCUCAAGGAACCGAAUCCUCAGUCGCUGUGCUUCUCGAUGAAACGUCCGCCGGCGCUCGUCGUCCCCAAAGGCGUCCCUCUCGCCUCCAAACCGGCAACGCAGGAAUUGUUGGAUGCAAUCCAGGCUCUGGCCCGAGCAACCUGUUUCACCGUCUACUUCAACCGCGGAGCUUUGCCCCACGAAGACCUGGCUUUGCUCACCCGUGUUUUCUCAUCAUCAAGCACACACAACCGCCCGGCAACGGAUACUGAACGUGCCCGCCUUGCUCCCUUGUAUACUGGCUAUGGAGGCCAGAUCAUCGACGUCUCCGGUAUCUCAUCAAGGGAGGAGAAUGCCGCGGCUGAUUGUAAAAAAGGGGCCGAUGGAGUGGAAGGGUGCAGUGCCGAAGUUGGACCUACCCCGCCUCCGGCGUACGGCCAACUUGAGUCUAGUUGUAACCAGCAGGCUUCAACCUCGGGCGUAGGCAUAAAACGGCGGCGCAUAGAGACAAGCCCCACCGCCAGUGAUCGCAAGGCCAUGCCACCCUCUCCUUCUUCGCCUAUACUACUCAAAAACAUUCUCUCCCAGCUUAUUCACAUGUCUGCUCGUAUAGAAGCCCUGCACACGCGCGUCGAGCAGAUGGACAAGCGCGUCGACAUAAUUGCGUACGCUAUCGACCGCGAUCCAGUGUACCGCCUGGCCUCCGAGGAUCGUCAGGAGUUGUUCGAAAGUGUUGAUGCACGAGUUGAGGACGCUCUCCUGGCCGAACGCAUCACAAUGCAGAACCAAAUCGAUGAGGACGUACAGGAAGUCGGGGAGCGGAUUGGCAAACAGGUUACGGAGUCGUUACGGCGGGCACGAUUAACGGUGGACAUUGGAGAGAUAAAUUUCGAUAGUGUAUAAGACGAUGUGUAUUCGGAAAACAUGUCUCCGCAUGUUGGGGCCUCCGUUUCCUUUACCACUUGAGCACCCUGUGAAUCUCAACCGCGGAUAGGUCCACCGUAAAUGGGCAUCUUACUAUCGGUUUUGGUACCCUAUUCGCAGCUAGAAACGCAAGGCCUUGUGAUGUUUGUUUUCAAACGAUAGUCGCUUACAAGCAGAUGGCGG